AUGCGUCCGGGCGCAUCGGCGGCGGCCGACGUCGACCCGCGCUACGUGAUGAGGGGCAUCGACUUCAGCCUCCCGCUCAAGGAGCGGGUGCUCGACUUCCAGAAGAAUUUUCUCGAGGACCCCCAUUUCGGCGGCUUCGACGCCUACGCGCUCAAGGAUAACGUGCGCUGCGUCUCCGUCUCCGCCGGCCGCACGGAGUGGGAGCUCGAGGUGCUCCCGCACCUGUGCAACAAGGGCGGGAAGCUGCACGGGGGCGCGGCCGCGACCAUCCUCGACAAUCUGACCACGACGGCGCUGAUCGCCGCGGCGAGGCCCGGGUUCAUGGACCUCGGUCACGUCAGCCGCAACAUCAACAUGACGUAUCUGCGGCCGGUCGUCGAGGGCGCCACCGUCAGGGUCGUCUGCGGGCUUGUCGCCGCGGGGAGGACCCUCGCCAACAUGAAGGGCGAGAUGCUGGUCGACGGCAAGGUCUGCGUGACGUGUCUGCACGACAAGGUCUUUUUGCGUCCCCCGCCGCCGCCGUUAGAAGAAGGGCCCUCCUCCAAGCUGUGA